AUGGGAGUCCUAACAAAACCAGACCUUGCCAUCGAGCGGGCGAUGCAAAACAUUGCCAUAGACCACGUUACCGGAAAGCGUUGCGACCUUCUCCUUGGCUAUCAUAUCGUCAAAAAUCGAGGCCCAGACGAUGGGGAGUCCAGUCUUGCUGUUGGUCUGGAGGCUGAGGAGAAUUUCUUCUCCGAACAUCCAUGGGCUGCAUUGAAAAGCACCGAGCAGAACUGGGGCCGCGGCGCUCAAGACCAAGAGUUCCCAAAGCUUAGAGAGGAGAUUAAGACGAAACUGGUGGGGCUGAAAGCUAUGCUGGAUGGCUUGGGGGCGCCGAGGUCUGACCAUACGAGGGCCUUUUCCGAGGACCACGUCUCCAAGAAGUCUAGGCAGGAUUCAGAAGCCCCAAUGUGCGAGAAGAGCCUGAACACUUCCUUGCAGGCGAGAUUGAGCAGCGUUACAUACGUGCCAAGGAGCAGGCUCAAUUUCUGGUCAGUAUUGAGCGUACACAGUCGCCAUUCACACUCAAACCCUCACUUCAACGACGCACUCGCCCGGGCCCAGCAGGAGCGUGUACUGGCAAACAUCAAGACACUCUUUAGGAUGGAUGACGAGACAUGGGACAGCCGCGAGCCGAGCCACGAGCUUCCCGUGUCCAAGGCAGCCUUCAAAUCCCUGCACAUGACCAGUCAUUCCAACGCCGAAUCAAUGCAGCAGCAUAUACACGACGUAUUCAAAAGUUACUACAAGGUGGUCAUGAAGCGAUUCGCAGAUAACGUUUGUCUGCAAGUGGUUCAUCAUUAUCUACUCUUUGCGGAAGAUGGACCACUGAAAGUAUUCAACUCGAAGCUUGUUCACAGCAUGGAUGCAGAACAGCUCGAUGUGAUUGCCGGCGAGAGCGCUGCUGUCAAGUCUCGGCGCAACAAGCUGGGUCACGACAUUGCCACAUUUGAGAAGGCGUUGGAGGUACUUGAUACCGGAGUUGCCAUGAAGCUCCGUCGGUAA